UGCUAGUAGCGGCCUUCACGACUAAAUCCACCACCACUUCCGCACACCUCACCUCUCCCCCGCGUCGCCUCCUGCCCCCGCUCCCUCUUGCGCGUCGGGCGGGCAGCUCCCGGGGGGCGCCAGCGCCACCAAACCCUAAGCGUUCCGUGCGGCCUCGAUUCGCUGCAGCGGCCGGCCGCCGGGCGAGCCGCGGCGGGGGUUGCGCUCGCGCUCGGGGCGCGGGUCCCGCGGUGGGGGCCUCGAGGAGGAGCCGUGGGCCCACAGCUCCAGGCGGGGCGGCGCGGCGAGGCGCGGGCGUGAAGGCGGGGAGGGGUUGGGAUUUUUGCGCGGGACGAUGAGGCGGAGGCUCGCGGCCGCGGCGUCGCGGGCGGGGCCGUGAAUGGGAGCGGCGGGGCGCUGCGGGCGGCGGCUGCGCACAUGGUGGAGGCCGGGGCACCGCCCCGCGGCGGGCGCGGGAGGGUGCUUUGGCUCGUCAGCGUCGAGAUUGUGCUGAUUCUAGUCUGUACUCAAGGAGCUGGUGCGGAUUCUGGCGAAAGCAAAGCAUUGUUUCCACAAGACGUGGAAGCUGGAGAAAAGGAUGUUUACCUUAGCCACUCUUGCAUCCAUGACGAGAUACUACAUCAGCGGCGACGAGCUGGGCGGAAGGAGUACUCUGUCAUGCCACAAGUGUACCAUGAGUCUCAGGAAAAAGCAGAGCACGUAAGAGGACGACACUUGUUGAGUUUGUCGUCGUCGCGUGCUCCACAGAGGAAUGUCAGGAAACCAAUACGCAUAUACCUCAAUUAUGAUGCUGUCGGGCACUCCCCUGACCGGGAUUGUAAAAGAGUUGGUGAUAUCGUGAAGCUUGGCGAGCCUCCUGUACCGUCAGCACCAGGAACACCUAUAUGUGAUCCUCAUGGUGAUCCACCACUGGUGGGAGACUGCUGGUACAAUUGCACCCUUGAGGACAUCGCUGGGGAGGACAAGAAGCAACGGCUCCGGAAGGCACUGGGACAAACAGUAGAGUGGUUUAGAAAAGCUCUAGCUGUUGAACCUGUCAAGGGGAACCUGCGGCUCAGUGGGUACUCAGCUUGUGGUCAGGAUGGAGGUGUACAGCUCCCCCAUGCGUAUGUUGAAGAUGGUGUUGCUAAUGCUGAUUUAGUCCUCUUAGUAACAACUAGACCGACGACAGGUAACACCCUUGCAUGGGCUGUGGCCUGCGAACGUGACCAGUGGGGUCGGGCCAUUGCAGGACAUGUUAAUGUGGCCCCUCGUCAUUUGACAGCUGAAGCGGAAACAUUACUUUCAGCUACUCUAAUACAUGAGGUCAUGCAUGUUCUAGGCUUUGAUCCUCAUGCCUUCACACAUUUUCGUGAUGAAAGGAAGAGGAGACGUGGUCAGGUUACUGUUCAGACUUUGGACGAAAAGCUUGGAAGAAUGGUUACUCGUGUUGUCCUACCUCGAGUAGUAAUGCACUCCAGACAUCACUAUGGAGCAUUUUCCCAAAACUUCACCGGAUUGGAAUUGGAAGAUGGGGGAGGCAGGGGUACCUCAGGUUCACAUUGGGAGAAAAGACUCUUAAUGAAUGAGAUCAUGACUGGGUCAGUGGAUACAAGAUCGGUGGUUUCAAGAAUGACUUUAGCAUUAUUGGAGGACAGUGGAUGGUAUCAAGCUAAUUACAGCAUGGCUGAGCAUUUAGAUUGGGGUCGGAAUCAGGGAACUGAGUUUGCUAUAUCUCCUUGCAAUUCGUGGAAAGGGGCAUACCGCUGCAACACAACUCAACUAUCAGGAUGCACAUAUAAUAGAGAAGCAGAGGGAUACUGCCCUAUAGUAAGCUAUAGUGGGGACUUGCCCAAAUGGGCUCAAUAUUUUCCCCAAGCCAAUAAAGGUGGUCAGUCUUCACUAGCAGAUUACUGCACAUAUUACGUUGCUUAUUCCGAUGGUUCAUGCACUGAUGUAAAUAGUGCACGAGCACCUGACAGAAUGUUAGGUGAAGUGCGAGGAAGUAAUUCAAGGUGCAUGGCCUCAACUCUAGUGCGAACGGGAUUUGUCCGUGGAUCUAUGACCCAAGGAAAUGGCUGUUAUCAGCAUCGCUGCACAAACAACUCAUUAGAGGUUGCUGUUGAUGGAAUCUGGAAGUCAUGUCCACAAUCCGGUGGGCCUGUUCAGUUUCCAGGAUUCAAUGGGGAAUUAAUUUGCCCGGCGUAUCAUGAGUUGUGUAAUACUGUACCAGUCCCUGUGACUGGCCAGUGUCCCAAAUCGUGUAGUUUUAAUGGUGACUGCAUCGAUGGGACCUGUCACUGCUUCCCUGGGUUUCAUGGACGUGACUGCAGCAGAAGCAUUCCAAAGUGGCAUCUAUAUGUGAUAAGUGAAUUGGGUCUUCAAGGGAUAUUUUUAGAUGCAAGCAAUACCACGAAUAAUAGUUUAGGAUCUUGUCCAGACAAGUGCAGUGGCCAUGGUAUAUGCAAAGCUAAUGGGAUCUGUGAAUGUCAAAGUGGAUGGACAGGGAUUGAUUGUUCAACGGCGGUCUGUGAUGAACAAUGUAGUUUGCAUGGAGGGGUUUGCGAUAACGGUAAAUGUGAGUUCCGUUGUUCAGAUUAUGCGGGCUACACUUGUCAAAAGGGUUCUACAAUACUGCCCAGCUUGUCAAUGUGUCAUGAUGUACUUGUUAGAGAUUCGGAUGGGCAGCAUUGUGCACCAAGUGAACUCAGCAUACUGCAACAGCUUGAAGCUGUAGUUCUGGUGCCAAAUUACAAUAGGUUGAUGCCAAGUGGACGGACCUUUCUUAACUUCUUCAACAAUGCCAAUUGUGCAGCAGCUGCGAAGCGGCUGGCCUGCUGGAUCUCGAUUCAACGGUGUGACGAGGAUGGGGACAACAGGCUUCGGGUAUGCUACUCUGCAUGUGAAUUGUACAAUACCGCUUGUGGAGCGGGUCUGGAUUGCUCAGACCAGACCCUUUUUAGCAAGAGGGAAGAAGAAGAGAAAGGUGUUCCGUGCACAGGAUAUGGCGAGAAGAAAUCUUUCUGGCUAUAACUUCUCCCGAGCUUCUUCCCUUGCUGCUCUGGAAGCUCAGCAAUUGUGUAAAGUAUAAUUGACAGUUUUCUCUUUUUUUUUCCUUUUCAUCCACUACUUCCCAAUUGUAGGAUACGGGAAGUAGGAGGUCCAUUUCACCUAGGCGCCUGAAGAUGGGUGCCUGGUGUACAAGCUGUGUUGGAGUGGGCUCUUUCUUAGAAGGCUAGUCUGACUGGAAGAGGGGAGUUGUGGGAGAUGGAGGUGGAUGGUAGAUUCUUCGUUUUCGCUUCAGAAAUAGUGAAGGGAAUGUAAAGGUUGAUGUGUGUUGUAAUCCAUGAUCCUUAACAGUCAUUUCAAUGAGAGCCCCUGUGUUGUGUCUCA